AUGCAAUCGGCGACCGGCUUUGCAAGUUCGCUCAAUACCUACACGCAUGGAACAACAGCCAUAACGUGGCGUCCAAGCAAGUCCACGCGAGGACAGCUCGAGAGUACGCCGCCGCUCGCGAGCCGUCGCCACGGAGGCCCGACGAGAUUGCCUGGCACGAAAGUUGCGUUCAAGCGGGUAGACCCGCCAGCCUUCGCCGGCCGACGAGGCCUAGUGGCCAGCCAGCGCGCAGUGGGUCGCCGUGACUCCGUGCGUCAUCCUGGUGUGUUCGACCCCACGGAGCCGUGGUCCAAGCACGAACAUGCAGCUCGCAUGUACAAUCACAUCGUGGACACGUGCCCACACGUCGAAGAGGCCUUGACCAAAGCGUACAGGUCUCGUCUGAGCGAAAGUGACAACGCGGGGGGCACCACAAGCGAUAUGAACGAGGAAGGAAAUGAACCAUCUGUCUCUGGGUCCGCGGAUAAGUCGGCAGUCGGCCAAGUGCAAGCUGCGGAAACGACGGUAGUGCAUGUGGUACAAAAAGAAGUCAAGGGCGACACGACACAUCUCCUGGAACGCUGCACCGAAGUGGAUGCGUCGACAAAAGCCAAAUACACCGUCAAGCGCCGCAACCUUGACGACGACACCAGCGACGACCACGUCCUUGUUGCCUCGGCACCCUCCACCAAUGUCACCAUGACGAGUCCAGUGGUGAGUCCUUCCCGUGAAGCAGCCUCCGACGUCGCGGCUCUUCCCGCCAUCUCCACCUCUCUCUCCCCCAUCCCUCGUAUCCUGUGCCUCACCAAAUUCAACCGACAGAAGAGCAGCAGCACGUUGCGCUGUUGA